AUGAAACGGAUAACCGACAAAAUCACUCACAAAGAGUCGAUAUGUCAGCUAUAUAGAUCACUUCUACGAAAAUCUACCAAGAUAAAAACCAUCCCACCACCAGCAUCACUAUUGCAAAAAGACACCACUGCAUAUAUUAAUCAAAUAUCAUAUGAACUACGUCUAGGUAUAAUUGAAGAGUUUAGACGAAAUCCCGCGAGACCAGACAUACUUGCUAAGCUUCUUCUCUCUGGAAUAUCCCUUGAUGAAUCAUUGGAUAAGUUGUUAGCUGGCGGACCUUGGGAAGAGUUUCUCCAAGUGAUUGAAGACGGGAGAAGAGAAAAGUUUAAUGCACAACUAAGACGGGGGUCUUACUUAUUGAGGAAGGAAGAAGUAACCACAAAAGAAUCACACCAGAUCCGUGGACGUAACAAGAGAAGAAUUGCUCAAGGAUUAAGAACUAACAAUGAUGACAGUGAAUGUACAGGUGUUGAUGUUCCUGAACACAGACUUGAAUUUAUUAGAAAGUCUCUAAGUGCAAGUGAAGUCCAUGGAAGAGACACUCUAAGACGAUAUCUUAGUAAAUUACAAGAAAAGAGAAUGAUACCAAUACCCAGUUUACUUCCAUAUACGCGAGAACAACUUGAUACAAACCAACAUACCCACUAUCAUAUAAUAGAUGGAGUUUCGAAACGAGCAAUUUCGGAGGCAUACGAUAAGGAGUACAUACAAUCGAUAAUUAUCCCUAGCAUGGAAUACGACAUCAACCAUAUUCAUCACUUCAAGAAAGUUGAAGAAAUAGUUAAUGAGAAAGGACCAUACCUCGUACGGGCCAAAUUUUGUCGUGCUGGCCCUGUAGGAAUACCAUACCUUAUGACCCCAUAUCGAAGAAAAGUAGGCAGGAGACAAGUAGGUUACUUGGUAACAAGACUGUAUUUACUCUUUAGAAUGAAACGAGUAUGGGAGGCAGGAACCAAAGAGUUGUCGGGAGAAACCCUUAAUGAUGAUGGAAGUUAUUCUAUUCCCGGAUGUCGAGGAUUCUGGCCCCAUGAACUGAUGUAUCCUCGGAAAUAUUAUGAAGAUUUGGCCUGGGGUGAAGCUACUUUUGAGUUGUUUAUUAAGAUGCAUGAGUUGGAGAAACAAGGAAGUGAUGAACCCAUAAAUCUUGAUGAAUUCCAGGAUUGGUUUGAAUUCUUGGAUAUUUCAUCAGAGAAAGUUAAUCUGGAUUACUCACAGCUUGUCGGUCAGAUUAAACAAGUAAGCGGCAAUCAGUUGGAAACUACCCGUACUAAUGUUCAAGACAAAAUGAAUAACUUGUAUAGAACUAAGGUAGAAAGUUUUGACAAGUUAACUAAGAAUUUGUCGAGAUAUUCCGUACAUAAACACAGUGAAAUUGUAUCUCCUGAGAUAACAACCACAUUCAAAAAGAGAAUAGGUAAUAAGAUGAAAACAGAUGAAUUUCCAAGGCAAGAAAGAAUCGGUAGAGGUAAAACAUUGGGAGACUUUCUUGAAGAGCAAGGGUUUUAUAAUUAUCACUAUGGUUAUAAAUUCCCCGAUAGAUUUAAAUUUUAA